AUGGGCCAAUGGGAUAAAGAUUAUCAAAUAUUUGCACUUUCUAAUGAGGAGUGGAGAAACGUUGCUAUUCUUUGCAAAUUUUUGAAAACUGCUAGAGCCAAUCGUAAGGAGACAAAGUUACAGAAAAAUCAGUCAGCGGUGGUUGGAACUCAAAGUAACCCACUGCCAGAAAUCGAAGUCGACGACGAAGUUGAGUCUAGGGUCAAUGAAAACCCUGCUCGAACACUUGAAAGCGAAAAAGUAGAAGUCGGCUCACCAAAAGAAGUGCUUAACGCUAGGGUUAACGAAAACCCGAAUCUAGCACACCAACCAAUGGCUCAAACGAUUCGGCAACUAGCCAAAGCUCCGAUAGAACAACCGCCAUUGUGCCUCGCAUAUCAUACUGUGGAUACUGAUUUUGAGUUGAAGUCAGGUUUAAUCCAGUUACUGCCAACUUUUCAUGGGUUGCAAAAUGAAAAUCCCCACAAGCAUCUGAAAGAGUUUCAUAUGGUUUGUCCUAGCAUGAAAACUCAGGGGGUAACUGAGGAUCAGAUUAAAUUGUGUGCUUUCCCUUUCUCCAUAGCAGAUUCCGCUAAGGAAUGGUUAUUUUAUUUAUCCCCUGGAUCUAUUACAACUUGGGCUAAUCUAUCUUGUUUGUUUCUAAACAGAUUUUUUCCAACGUCUCAAGCAGCUGAGCUAAGAAGAGAGAUCAUUGGAAUAAGGCAAAAAGAAGCUGAGUCCCUUUACGAUUAUUGGGAACAGUUUAAGAAGUUGUGUGCAAGCUGCCCACAACAUGGUAUGACGGAGAAAUCUCUCCUCCAAUACUUUUACGAAGGUUUGAAGCCCAUGGAGAUGAAUAUGGUAGAUGCCACUAGUGGAGGAGCAUUGGUCAACAUGACUCCCCAACAAACGAGAGACUUGAUCUCCAUGAUGGCUGCAAAUUCUCAACAGUUCCGAGCCAAUACUAAACCCCCUAGAAGGGUUCACCAGCUAAGUAAUUCAACCUUAGAGGAUAAAGUUGAUAGACUUACUAAUAUGAUGAAUUCUCUUCUUGCAGAAAAAGCGAAGACAGCCCGAUUAUGCGGAAUAUGUGCUACACCUGAUCAUGCAACUGAUGCAUGUCCCAGUUUGUAUGAUGAUACCAUGGCCCAUCUGGAUGCUGUGGGAAAUUUCCCUGGGCUGCCAGAAAGGCGAUAUGACCCCUACGCUAAUACCUACAACCCAAGGUGGAGGGACCAUCCUAACUUAAGUUAUGGGGCCAAUCCACGAAAUAACCAGCCAUACCAAAAUCGAAAACUCUUAAUUUCCAAAAAGAGACGAAGGAUUCCCGCGUCCACCAGAGAGUUGACCACAUCGAUCGAGAAAUUGACCUCUCAAGGGAAGCUGUCGUCACAAACAGAACCAAACCCUAGACAAAAUGUAAAUGCAGUAACGUUGCGGAGCGGAAAGGUACUGGAACCAAUUCCUGACAGAAAUCUUGGCCAAGAAAUCGCCCAAGAAAAACUCGAAAAAGACGAAAAGGUCCGACCGAAGCCUCCAUUGUCAAAAAUUCAACCUCCAUUUCCAGAACGAUUCAACCAGUGUCGAAGAGAUAAAAAGGACAAGGAAAUCCUCGAAACAUUUAGGAAUGUCGAGAUCAACAUUCCGCUGUUGGACGCCAUCAAACAAAUACCGCAGUAUGCUAAAUUUCUUAAAGAGCUUUGCACCAACAAGCGAAAAUUAAUAGGAAAUGAAAGGGUGAAUGUUGGUGAGAAUGUAUCUGCAGUGUUACAGCAGAAAAUGUCGACAAAAUGCAAGGAUAGGGGCAUGUUUGCAAUACCAUGCAAAAUAGGCCAUCUGGGAAUUAAGAAGGCUAUGUGUGAUCUAGGGGCUUCUAUAAAUGUAAUGCCGUAUUCUAUUUAUGAAUCACUUAGCACGGGUUUUUUAACAAAAACAGGUGUUAUCAUUCAAUUGGUGAACAAGUCCAUUAUGCAUCCAGAAGGAGUCCUCGAGGAUGUUCUGGUAAAAGUUAACGAGCUUAUUUUCCCUGUAGAUUUUUAUGUGAUCAAAAUGGAGGAGGAUAACACUCCUGGAUCUUCAAAUCUCCUGCUGGGUCGACCAUUCCUCAGUACAGCUAAUACUAAAAUUGUCGUUCGAAGUGGAACUCUCAUGAUGGAGUUUAAUGGGGAGAUUGUAAAGUUUAAUGUCUACGACGCCAUUAGCCAUCCCAGCGAAAUCUUGAGCGAACCAAAGUUAGAAAAAAUUCGCAAUGAUGCCUACGAGAAUGCUCGCAUUUAUAAAGAUAAGACAAAGUUGUUUCACGAUAAGAGAAUAACUCAGAAGCAUUUUUCGAUAAAACAGAGCGAAAAUGCGAAGAAAACUGUUGAGCAACGCUUACAGCGUAUUGAGGCCCGACUUGAAACCUUUGGCCAGCAACUGAUCGAGCUCAUUGCCAUCAUAUGCGAUCGACAGUAA